GCGAGUCAGCUGGGAGUUUAUCGGGCCUUUGUGGAUAACUAUAAGGUCGCUGUGGAGACGGCGGACAAAUGCUGCCAGGCGAACGCUCAGUUUGCAGAGAUAUCUGAGAAUCUCAAGGUCAAAAGCACAAAGGACUGCAAAGACCAGGCGGCUAAAAACUCACUGGAAACUCUUCUCUACAAACCUGUGGACAGAGUGACGCGCAGCACGCUCGUUCUGCAUGACCUCCUGAAGCACACCCCCUCCAGCCACCCGGACUACACUCUGCUGCAGGACGCUCUGCGCAUCUCUCAGAACUUCCUGUCCAAUAAUGAAGAAAUCACCCCGAGGAGACAGUCCAUGACCGUUCAGAAGGGAGAGCACCGUCAGCUGCUGAGGGAUCGCUUCAUGGUGGAGCUGGUGGAGGGAUCCAGGAAGCUGCGUCACGUCUUCCUGUUCACGGACCUGCUGCUCUGCACCAAGCUGAAGAAACAUGGCCGCAGGGUGGAGUCUGGACAGGGCAAAGGGCAGCAGUACGACUGUAAGUGGUUCAUCCCACUGGCCGACCUGACCUUCCAGAACAUCGAGGACUGCGAGUCCACGCCCGUCCCGCUGCUGCCGGAGGACGAGAUCGACGCCAUGAAGAUCAGAAUCUCACAGAUCAAGAACGACAUCCAGAGAGAGAAGAGAACCACCAAAGGAGUGAAGGUGAUGGAGCGCCUGAGGAAGAAGCUGUCGGAGCAGGAGUCUCUGCUGCUCCUCAUGUCGCCCACCAUGGCCUUCAGAGUGGCCAGCAGAAACGGAAAGGGUUUCAUGUUCCUCAUCUCCUCGGACUACGAGCGAGCCGAGUGGAGGGAGAUCGUCCGAGAGCAGCAGAAGAAGUGUUUUAAGAGCUUCUCCCUGACCUCUCUGGAGCUGCAGAUGCUCACCAACUCGUGUGUGAAGCUGCAGACGGUGCACUCCAUCCCAAUGACCAUGAAUAAAGAAGAUGAUGAAUCUUCCGGUUUGUACGGCUUCCUGAACGUCAUCGUGCACUCUGCAUCGGGGCUGAAACAGAGCUUGAACCUGUACUGCUCUCUGGAGGUGGAUUCCUUCGGAUACUUUGUCAACAAAGCCAAGACCCGCGUCUACCGAGACUCGACGGAGCCCAACUGGAACGAGGAGUUUGAGAUCGAGCUGGAGGGCUCUCAGACGGUGAGGCUGCUCUGUUACGAGAAGUGCUGCAACAAGAGCCGGCAGAGCAAAGAGGAGGCGGAGGUCACCGACAGGAUCAUGGCCAAGGGGCAAAUAAAGCUGGAUCCUCAGACGUUGCAAAACAAAGACUGGCAGAGGGCGGUCAUCGGCAUGAAUGGGGUGGAGGUGAAGCUCUCGAUGAAGUUCACCAGCAGAGAGUUCAGUCUGAAGAGAAUGCCUUCGAGAAAACAGUCCGGCGUCUUCGGAGUGAAGAUCAACGUCGUUACUAAGCGAGAGCGCUCGAAGGUUCCUCUCAUCGUGAGGCAGUGUGUGGAGGAGAUCGAGAGGCGAGGGAUGGACGAGGUGGGAAUCUACAGAGUCUCUGGCGUCGCAACGGACAUCCAGGCCCUGAAGGCAGCAUUUGAUUCAAACAACAGAGACGUGUCUCUCAUGAUGAGGGAGAUGGACGUGAACGCCAUCGCUGGAACUCUGAAGCUGUAUUUUAGAGAGCUGCCGGAGCCGCUGUUCACCGACGAAAUGUACCCAAACUUCGCUGGAGGCAUCGCGCUGUCUGACAGGGAGGCGAAAGAGAGCUGCAUGCUGAACCUGCUGCUGUCUCUACCGGAGGCCAACCUGGUGACCUUCCUCUUCCUGCUCGACCACCUCAAGCGGGUGACUGAGAACGAGGGCGUCAACAAGAUGUCUUUGCACAACCUGGCCACCGUGUUUGGCCCGACUCUGCUGCGGCCGUCAGAGAAAGACAGCAAACUCUCCAGCAGCUCCACGCCCAUCUCUAUGAACGACAGCUGGUCUCUGGAGGUCAUGUGUCAGGUUCAAGUCCUCCUCUACUUCCUUCAGCUGGAGGGCAUCCCAACCCCCGACAGCAAGCGUCAAAGCCUCCUCUUCACCACUGAAGUAUAACGGGAACAUGGUGCACUGAUUAUUCUGUGCACAGGCUGAAUAUCUGAGGAUUAAUGAGGCGGACGCUGCUGUGUUACUGUGAGGAUGCUUAAUGUGGACACUAGGUGGACUCAGCAACACAUUAAACUGGAAACAGCCAUAAUCACCACAGCCUGCUGUCAGAAGAAGAUAUAGGACAAAAUAUAUCAUCCCUUUUUUAAUUUAAAAAUGAUUUGCUGUUCUGUUCCACUGUGCACAUUAGCUCCAUAUUCACAGAGGAGGGAUUUCUGCUGUAUUAAGAUUUAUUUCUGAUAUAUAAAGCUCACCUGUGCCAAUGUGUCCCCUGCUGAUGACCAAACAUUACCCUAAAUGUUUACCUUCAUUUUGUACAGUUUUUUUUUAAAAUACGAGACUGAAAACUGUAGUUACACAAAGCAACAUGCAGGCAUGUUGACCUUACCUUUUAAAGUGUGCAGGUAUACGAUUUGUAUAGUGACCUUAUUCAGUUUGCAGCUGCUUCUGGUGGUGGUGUUGUGUGUCGAUAUGAGGGCUUUAUAUGGACGUGGUACAGAGAAGAAAUAGGCUAAUCAUUCCAGGAUAUGUAAUGAAUGCUGUGCUGUGUAUAAUUUUAAUUUCAAAUGUUUUUGUCUGUAUGUUUAAUAUGUUGUUCCAUGUUUGAUGUCUGAUUUUAAAGAGGCCCUAUUAUGCUUUUUUUUUCUUCAUUCUUGUAGUUUAUUAUACAGGUUUUUGUGCAUGUAAAUGGUCUGCAAAGGCACAAAUCCCUGUAACGCCUCCAUUUGACUUCCUUGUUUACUUCCAGAACAUAGUAACAUCACUAUGUAACACUUUUAUUGGCUCGCGCUCCAACAAGACAUGACACAGUAGAUGCACUAAAUACUGAUAUACACCUGAACAUGAUAGGACCUCUUUAAUUAAUUCUGUAUAUGUGUUGCUUCCUGCUGCAUUCCUUCUCUGUAGUCCACCUUUAAAAGGACAAAACCACACUGCUGUAGGAAUAAAAUCACCUGGAUUUUAAAUACCAAAUGUUUCCUCUUAGGACCUUUUUAAGGCACAGUUAUUCACUCAUAUUCAAGUCUCCUGGCAUAGGGUUAUCAUCCAUGUACCUAUAGUGUUACUGAAAAUACACUGUGUUCUUGCAUUAAUAUUGUUUUGUCCCAAUCACUGCAAGUAUUGAAACACUUGCUGGCACAAUCCUUAUCCCUAAAGGCUUAUGUAAAAUAAAAAGCGAUAACUGUUAGUGAUUCUUAGGAUGAGACUUCUUGUAUGUAUGAUUGUGUAAAUAAAGACUUGGUAACAUUA